UUCCAUCUUCAAAAUGAUGAGUGUGUACGAAGUAUACGAUUGGAAGUAGUAUGGGAUUCAUCAAUCGACAUAUGGAUGGUUGUUGAAAUGGGAGAAGAUAUCAAAUGAUUGACACACAUCAUCCAUGGGGAAUUCAUCAAUCCCAUUCGAACAAUAAGUUGAUCUCCAGCUUGAUGCAGAUACAUUCUGCCUUGUCAACGUCACAUCUCCACCGCCUUUGAAGCCAGCCACGAAGAAGGAUACAUAGGUACAAUGUAUGCAUGAAGAAGAAGAAAGAUGCCUCCCCCAGUUACACCAUCCCCCCAUCGAUUUGUGAUCAAAAGACAAUCCGGCCCUUCAGCUCCCCAUCCACCUCCACGAUCGCAACUCGCACAAGAAUCAACUCCCCGCCCAUCAAACACGCAACAAUUCAAUACCACUCCUCGUUUUACAUUUUCCUCCACUCCAAAACCCAAUGCUACGCAAAAUACAAAAAUACCAUCAUCCACACCCGCGGGACGAUACUUAACCCCCGCUCGACAAAGUACAAAAGCAAAAGAGAAUAUCGAUGACCCUUCAGAUGAUUACCCCGCGCAUCUUUCUCUUCACGAUUCUAUAGAUACAAACGAUGAUUUUGAUACCAAUAUUGGGUACUCUACCGAAGACGAAGAUGCAGACGAAAACGAAGACACAAAAGACUAUGAAAUAAACCCCCGAUCAUCCAAACGGCGACGAAUUUCUGUUUCCCCAGAUAUCACCCUGGAAGAAAAUGAAGAUUUAUUAUCUUCUUCUCUACCUGUAAUUUCUUCGCCGAUUUCUCAUCGACCUACUCAAUUCUCAUCCACAGGCGGCAAACCUAAGUUUCUUCUCUCAACUCCUGUACCAUCUACACCUCAAUGCAUUGCCCCGACAACUUUUCUCAAACCGCCUCGGUUUCGUCCGCCUGAUCCUGCGGAGUCGCAGGGAAGUGGAGAUCCUUUGCCUGAACAGUUUUCUCCGCAUCGAAAAGGGAGACAAUAUUUAGCUGGGGGGUUGGCGGCGGAAGUAAGGGAUUGGUUGAUUAAUAUUGAUUCUGGGAUUGGCAGUGUACAGAAAGGGAAAGAGAGAAAUGGAGAAUGGGUGACGAGGAUAAAGAUUGAAGAGGUAAGGAGGGAUGGAAGGGGAAUGUGUUUAGUAAGAGGUAGACAGGUGCGAGAUGUGGAUGGAGAGGAGGUUGUGUAUAGUUUGGGGGAAGUUAGGGUUAUGUUGGCUGGUGAGGGAACGGGGAUGGGUUUGCAGAGGGGAAUGGAUGUGGAUGUUGGGAGGAUAGUGGGUAUUAAGAGCCCGGUUUGGGAGAUUGUGGUCGAUGGGGUCAAAUGGGGUGUUGGGGUGGAGUGGAAGGUGUUUGGAUGAUGAGGUGAUACGAUAUGAGAUGACAUGACAUGAUUUCCUGGCCGAAGAAAGUGUAUAAUCAAACAUAAAUGUCAUUGUAUUAAUUAUUCGCCUACUAUUUGGAGACGUCUCGCCUAGCUAUCCAAAUAGUCGCAUAUAAAAUAGCAGAAAUCUAGCAACAAAACAAAAGAAC